GACCAUGUCAAAAUGACAUUUUACUCCUUGUCAAAGUUUUGAAACACAACUUUCAUUUCCCUAUCCGAUAUUCUACCCAUCGUCGUUCACUUCAACAUGGCGGUUUCACCUUACGCCGCCGUUUCAACACCGCGUGUUUGUUCUCCGCCUAGUGUUUCCACUAAAAUCAACUCUGGAUUGAAACUCCAAUCUUUACGUCCUCUUGGAGCGCUCUCAGUUUCUUCUAACGUAAAUGCUCAGUUUUUCGGUAAAGUUUACAAAGUUCUCAAUUUCCGGUAUGCUAACCAGAAACCAGUUAGGGCACAAAUUCAAAUGAUGCCCAUUGGAACUCCUAGAGUCCCCUAUAAAACACCUGGUGAAGGAGGUUGGCAAUGGGUUGAUUUAUGGAAUGCCCUUUAUCGAGACCGUAUUAUCUUCAUUGGACAAGAUAUAGAUGAGCAAUUUAGUAAUCAAAUAUUGGCAACUAUGCUGUAUCUGGACAGUAUAGAUAGCUCCGAGAAGCUCUAUAUGUACAUUAAUGGUCCUGGUGGGGAUCUUACACCAUGCAUGGCUCUCUAUGAUACCAUGCAGAGCUUGAAGACUCCUAUAGCAACUCAUUGUAUUGGCCAAGCUUAUAAUUUUUCAGCGUUUCUUCUUGCAGCUGGAGAAAAGGGAUAUCGUACUGCAAUGCCUCUUUCAAGAGUUGCUCUCCAAUCUCCAGCAGGCUCUGCUCGGGGCCGGGCUGAUGACUUUCGAAAUGAAGCAGAUGAACUUCUUAGAGUCAGAGAUUACCUUUUCGAUGAGUUAGCUAGCAAAACCGGCCAGCCCCGUGAGAAGAUUACUGAAGACUUGAAUAGGAUGAAACGAUUCAAUGCACAAGAGGCCCUUGACUAUGGGCUCAUUGACAAAAUUAUCAGGCCACGCCGCAUAAAACCCGAGGCACCUAGCAGGAAUGCAGGCACAGGCAUUGGUUAAGACCUCUUAGUUUACACUCCGUUUAUAUUUGCAGAACCAGAAUGUUUCUCAUUUUAUUUCCUUAAUCAAGUUUGGGAAUAUGUAUAAUCUUGGGGUAGUCAUAUUCUGUUGUUCAUAUCUUGAUGCUCGUUGCUUGAAUUCCAACUCUUCAUUGUGAAACUUUACGAUGUCCUCUAUUUUCUCUUGAAAAUUUAUCACAUCUCAGUACAUUAUUAACAA